CGUUGCCACAGCAACCAUCGGCCCGUUUACUUCCGGCUUACCUAAGCUCGACAUCAACUGUCCACGUGAUAUAUUUCAAAAAGGGCAAAGGGCAGGAACAACUUGGAUACAAAUACAACUGGAAGGCGCUCCUGUUUAUAUUUUUUUUUUCCCCUUCUAGGUCUCUCUUGUCAUUGCGUUCAAAAGUCUAAGAUCGAUCUUAAACAGUCAUCAAGAAAAUUAGAUCGGCUACCAUGGCUGCCUCGAAUGGAACACAGUCGAGCUUCCCCUCGCCAGAAGCUACACCACCAAGCUCGAUAACAAGAAAGGGCUUCAGGAUAACCACCAAGAAACUGCCAAUUCUUAAAGCUGGCCCAAUUGAUGAGAUGACGAAUAAGCUGGGGAUUGCGCCUCCCGAGAUGAUAUUUGGAGAUAACUUAGUCUCAAUCGAGCAUAUACCGUCAGGGUGGGGUAUCAAUUUCAAUGCUUUUGAUGCUCUGGACCGUGUGGACAAAACAGGAGCCUCUAUGCUCAAAGUAUCAUACUCAAGCGAGUGGCAGAAAAGCAGAGAAUCAGCGCAUGAGGGUAUAAAGGAGGUGGUUAAGCCUUUUGACUGGUCAUAUACCACAGACUAUAAGGGAACAGUCACACCUAAAGGUCAUGAAUUUGAGCAAUCAUCCACUUCCCUCCCAAUAGAGAGACUUAAGCAACCAGAUCCAAUUCUGUUCUACGACGAGAUCAUGCUCUAUGAGGAUGAGUUAGCGGAUAACGGAAUCACUAUGCUAUCAUGCAAGAUUCGCGUUAUGCCGACAUGCCUUCUCCUGCUUACUAGAAUGUUUAUGCGAUUAGAUAACGUUCUUUUCCGGUUACGAGACACCCGCGUGUUCGUGGAUUUUGACACAGGUGAGGUAAUGCGGGAGUACCUUGCAAAGGAGGAAGGAUAUGAUAAAGUCAAAGAAGUAAGUUUCACGCUCCUUGUAGACACUGCGAGAGAAAUGCCAUACUGAACAUGUGUAUAGAUGAUCGGAGGCUCACGCAAGGACGUCCCAGCGAUGAUGAGGGACCCAAACCAUAUCGCACAGAUAUUACCAGUUGUAGACAGCAGUUUAGAGCGGGUGGUUCUACCUCCCCAGGCAACGUAAGCGGGGUAGAAUCAUACCCUGCUAUCUCGAAUUAGUAUCAUCCUUUGGUAUCUGUACUUGAUAUUUCUCCGUGAUGUAAAUAUGGAUUGUUCUAUGCAUUGCUGCUGAUAUCAAAGAGCUUAUCUGCACUUCCCGGCGCUAAACUCUUUUGGACCAAACCAAAACAAGCGGCGCGUCAACUUCGACAUUUUAAACUUAACC